UCCAGCUGGAGGAUCCUGUUAGCAGAGAGCUCUGAAAACCCCACCGAGGGUUUAAGAAGCUAGAGGAUCCAUUUACCGUCUGUUUCUGAGUUUCUCUCAUGCUUUGAUGACGACGAUGACGGCGAGUGUGAGGCUUCGCGUCACAUUCAAGGAGCGCCACAUUCUGAGCAAGUCACAGAAGACAGAGGGACUCAAGCGAAGCUGGGUUCUACUAAAACCUCACCACCGCACCAUCUCAGACCUCGCCGCCCAUCUCCUUCACGCUUUCGACCUCAACGCUUCUUGCCCCGAUGGGCUUCUCAUCUCCAUGGAUGGGUUUGUGUUACCGCCUUUUGAGUCCACCUCCAUUUUCAGGGAUAAAGAUAUUAUCAGUGUGAAAAGGAAGGGGGGCACAUUGUCUGAAAUUGCCUUGGUUGAUGAUGGGACAGACUCUCUUGAGAUAGAAGAGAUUGUGGAGAGGCGGCCUCUGAAUACAGGUAUAAAGCUUCUGGCUAAUGAGGAAUUUGAAAAGGAGGAUGAACCUUACCAGUUGGAAGAUCCGUUGACUGUAGAAGAUGCACCCGAGACCGGUUCAAGCAGACGUUCCAAGAAGAGGAAGCUUUCAAAUAAACCUCAGAGCUCGAAGAGGAAGAGAAUUAAAUCUGCUACGACUGAAGAAUGUUCAGGUUUUCCAGAAGACCUUCAGAAUGAUGUCCAUGCAGAGAAGCAUCAGUCUCGUGUCCUCCCCAGAAAGAGUCGUUCCAAGAAGGACAAGUCAUUUGCUGGAGAGGAUGAACUGGAUAAUUUAAGCAACCCUCAAACUGAUAAAAGAACCAAUAAAACAUGUAAAUCUACGUCCAAUGGAAAGAGGUCCUGUCAGCUUCAAGAGAAGGAAGUAAAAGGUGUGGUUUCAUCUGAUACACCUGGUGGAAGUAAAAAGUUUCCUAGUAGAAGUGCUCGACGUAAAAAGGCCAAAAGGCAAUGGUUGAGGGAAAAAUUGAAGGGUGAGAAGGAGGAGCUCAAUAAGAGGCAAUUGCUCAAACCAGAUAAUCAGCAAUCGUCUGGCAAAAGUAAUCAGAGAUGUCCUGAAGAACAUCAACAACCGAACACAGACAGUGAAGAGGAUGAACAAUCAAACACAGAUACUGAUGAAGGGGAUGAGCAACCGAAAACAGAUAAUAAUGAAGUACAUGUGCAACCAAGCACAGACAAUGAUAAAGAGGAUGACAUUGUUCCUGUAGUAAUUAGGCCUGGGCACAUUCGGUUUGAAAACCUUGGAAAAGUGGAUGCAGAUCAUCCUAUUCAGCAGAAUAGAACCCCAGUGGAAACUUUUCAGUGGAAUGGAAUAACCAGCAAGAAGAAGGGUCAAAAAUGGGGUAUGGAGAAAACACCACAUUCAAGAAAAAGUGACUACAAAGAUCUGAACCCAGAAUCGCCUGAAACAUUGGGUAGUGAAAAAGAGAUUCCUGUAGAUGAUCCCAUAGACUUCAAUCAGCUUGAGCUCUGUACCACUUUACCUGAGGAAGGUGAUCAAAUUGCAUAUCGUUUGAUUGAAUUAUCAGCAUGCUGGACCCCUGAAGUUUCCUCAUACCGUGUUGGAAAAGUGUCAUGGUACGACCCUCAAUCAAAUAAGAUUAUGCUAGUACAGGUUCCAGGAUAUCCCAUUGUUUUUGAGGAGACAGAUGAUGAGGCAUCUGAUGUACUACCAGAUGCAUCCCUUUACGGGGAAGAUGGCUCUCUAGAGGUAGAUUAUUCUUCACUUAUUGAUGUCCGCAUUGUCAAGCAUGGCAACCCGAACACAGCAAAGGCAGUCACUGGCGAUCAAAAUGCUGCAUCAGGUCCCAGGCUCAACAAUAACAUGGAAAUUCGUGCUGCACCACAAGAAAAUGGAAAAGUAAGCGCAUGGGAUGAAAUCAGCCAGGCAUUGAAUGCCAAGAAGGCAGAGCUGUCUCAGUCGGAUGGUUGGAGUAGAAAUGAGGGCUCGGUAAGGAACUCAUGGUCAUAUAGAGGCUUGAGAGGUAGCGCAUUGGGUCCAGUCGUGGCUCGUUUAAGAACGCAAAGUGGGCUGUAAGGAAGAUCCCUAAUAGCAUUGGGGUAAGAUGUCUCCUAUUGGUUUCUCAGUCAGAUCAGCUGGAGUCCAUAGUUUUGGGAACUUUGACGGAAGAAAUAGAAUACGACUGGUUGUAAAAGAAUACUAUUUGAGGUGUAUGUAAUGCGAUGUGAGGUCGUUGGUUGUUUAUCAAGGUUCUCUCUCUGUCUCACAUGUCAUGGGUUUUGUUUUUAAUUGACGACUUCAUCAAAGCUUGCCCCUAA